AUGGCACGUCUAUUGUUGAGACAGGAGGACGCCAUCAAAACGCUGCAGUUGGACACAUCCUUCGUCAUGUGGCUACGACUGAGCCUACCGGGGGGUGCCCCGGAAGGCAUGGCGGUGAUUCAGAAACGUUGGAGGGAACAGCAGCGUCUGGGGCAGGUGACGGCCCCGCUUCGCCAUGUCCUCUGGAUGAACUUGUGGGAGGAGUUGAAGCGCAGACUCUGCCCAGACGCGAUGACCGAGGAGCAACAAGCGGAGUUCAUCAAGAUGGACUUCCUGUCAAAAAGCGGCGAGGGCAGUCUAAGCUGGCCAUAUUUGCGAUGGAGUGCCGAAAACAAGAAGCUCGUCCCCGACUCGACGCGGCAACCCCUGACCAUCCUGGAGGCACAUCAGACAGUCACGCAACUACUCCAGCUAAGCGACCCCUCUCAGAUCACGCGGUUCCACCCCACUCGGCCCAUCACAUCGGAGAUGAGGGGACAAACCCUGACACUGCUGAUCUCGGUUUCAAACCGGGGUCACAACGCGCAGUUGUUACAUGGAGCGUUGAUCAAGUUGAGCAACAAUGCUUGCACCCAAGUUCUGGGCAUGACGUACCGACCAGAGAGGCUCAAGCGAUCUCCACUGGCCACACACAUAGCCAGCAUGCUGGAGGAAAUGGACCCCGCGAGCCGGCUGUUCCUCCCUGCCAGCCUCUACAGCAGAACGGUAGACUGCGCUUUGGAGGACAUGGGAGCAUCCCUCCAGGUGUUGGAUGGUGGCGACGGUAGUUCCUUGUUCCUGCCUGUUCUUGGGACAGGAGUCACUUUCAGCAGAUAUCAGCUUCGGUCCUGCGUUGUUCACCUUGGCGAUUCCACUGACUCGGGACACUACAGAAGUGCACUUUACGAUGCUCAUAACAGUGUUUUCUUCUACACCAAUGAUGGCCAGAGUGCAGUGAAGGCAACCAAAGCCCAACAACGUGAGAUCAGCACUAACACGUAUCUCCUCUUCUACACCCUGCAGUAA